UUGCGCGCGCGCACAUUACCAGUCCUACGCGAGUGACCCGCGCAUUACUAUCGUCUCACUUUUCGCGCAAAAGGUAGCCAGGUGUGGACGGACACUUAAUUUUAUUUGAUUUUUUUUUUAUUUUCUACUAAGUGUGCAUUUUCAUUGAGUGACUUGUUUUAACAUAAACGUUCCAGUGAAAAUGGAUAUUCUGAAUAGGAUAGUGGCAGGUUAUCAUGACCUAAUGGAUAACAAAAGUGAUCAACGGGUGAAGGAUUGGUUCUUGAUGUCAUCACCUUUCCCCACAUUAGCGAUAUGUCUCACAUAUGUCUUCACAGUAAAAGUGCUCGGCCCCAAGUUGAUGGAAAACAGAAAACCAUUCGAACUGAAGAAUGUACUCAUAUGGUACAACCUGUUCCAAGUUAUUUUUAGUUGCUGGCUGUUUCACGAGAGCAUAGUGAGCGGUUGGUUCAAUGGAUACAGUUUCCGUUGUCAACCAGUCGACUACUCAAGAUCGCCUGAAGCUAUGCGUACGGUGAGAGGAUGCUGGUGGUAUUACUUUUCCAAAUUCACAGAAUUCUUCGAUACGAUCUUCUUCGUAAUGCGCAAGAAGUUUGACCACGUGUCGAAGCUGCAUGUCAUUCAUCACGGCAUUAUGCCAAUGUCAGUCUGGUUCGGAGUCAAAUUCACGCCCGGUGGUCACUCGACAUUCUUCGGCAUGCUCAACACGUUCGUGCACAUUAUAAUGUACUCGUACUAUCUGCUCGCCGCGCUGGGCCCCAAGGUGCAGAAGUUCCUCUGGUGGAAGAAAUACCUCACUGCACUGCAAAUGGUCCAGUUCGUCUUAGUGUUCUUCCACGCGUUCCAGCUGCUAUUCAUUGACUGCGACUACCCUCGCGCCUUCGUCUGGUGGAUCGGCAUGCACGCCGUUCUCUUCUACUACCUCUUCUCUGACUUCUACAAACAAGCUUACCUUAAGAAAGCCAAGAUCGCGAAGGCCAAAGUGAAGGCAGAGAUGGAUACGUGCAAAUCAGAGACGAAGGAGGGAAAAUUGUCUCUCUUGAAUGGUUUCAGCAACGGGUCUGCGCUGAGCGACGUGCGGCAACGUAUGGCGGGCGCUGUCGCCUCGCAAUGAAACACCCUAUCGUGUCACGUGUCGACAUAUUUUAACUGUGAUGAACUUUCCUGGCGCAAUAGCGCGAGAUAUACCUAAUAAACUUACUGCUACACUCAGAAACGUUUAAUCGCUUCGUUAAGAGACUCUUUGUGUAAAUUCGUUGUACUAAAUCUACAGUAAGGGACUCACGUAAUGACCGCGUCUCUGAGUACGGCAGUCCGUUAUUCGGCGGAAGAAGCUCAAUUAGUGACAACAUAAUUAGUUUUAAUUAGAUUUUAAAUAAAACUCUGAUAUUGUAGAGUUUUAUUUGCAAUAGAUUAAUAAGUUUACCAUAUAUUUUAGUUUUAAAAAUACUUUUAUUAAAUAAAAUUGUCGAACAAAAUAAGACUAGU